CGGCGUCGCCUGCGCCGGUUACUCUGCGGGCGUGCAAGACGGCGGACCAGGCCUGGUGUGCACACCCAGGGGAUUUGGAUUUAUCACGUUCAGCGAUCCAUCCAGCGUGGAUAAGGUAUUAGCCCAGGGAUCACACGAAUUGGAUGGCAAAAAGAUUGACCCCAAAGUAGCAUUCCCUAGAAGAGCACAUCCAAAGGUAAGCAUUAGUGAUCAUCCGUCCCCUGCACAACCAAGACCCACCUAUUUGGUACCUGUCAUACCAGUAGUUUGGGUAAGAAGACAAGAAUAUCACACAGAGCAAGUCAAUUUCUGAACUAUUACUUAAUAUCAUUAUAUUUCUAUCUCCAAAACAUUUUUAUCUCUCAAUCACAUUCUUUCUUAUAUUAUUAUAUUUUGUAAAUACACUGUUUCAUGUUUCUUUUUUUUUUAUUUGUAUGUAUUCAAAUAGACCUAAUUUUGUAUUGUGUUAGGUGUAGUACAUCAAUCUUAUAUGCGCUUGUAUAAAUUUGCAUUGAACUUUUACCGAUUAAAUAUUAUUCAAAAUUGUUAGUAGGGUUUUAACACUGACUUAUUUACUUUUGAGGUUAUGACCACACUGCUUAAACGAUUUUUGAAA